CCAGUUAAUAGAGAUAGUUCAUCAACUUUAAAAAAGUUAAUUAAAGAAUUUACUCCAAUUUUUAGACAAAUUUCAUCAGAAAAUAUUAUUACUUUGCAGUCAAAUAUUUCUGAAAUGAAUAUAGAUUUAGUUAAUUUUUAUGAAUUAAAUGAAAAGAUUAUCAAAGCUGAAGAUAAUAAUCAAAAACCAAUCAAGACAUAA